AUUAUGGGUAUGACGUCGGUACGUUGGAGCUAAGCGCGUAUAAAAGGAGGAACUCGGCGUUUGAAUAUUCAGACUGAGCUUGUUCGUUGGAUUUGGAGGUUGUUGUGCACUCAAGAACGAAGGUAGAUCAUGGCACGUACCAAGCAGACUGCCCGAAAAUCCACUGGAGGAAAGGCUCCUCGCAAACAGCUUGCUACCAAGGCGGCCAGGAAGAGUGCUCCCUCUACAGGUGGUGUAAAGAAGCCCCAUCGAUACAGGCCAGGUACAGUUGCCCUCCGUGAAAUCCGGCGUUAUCAAAAAUCAACAGAGCUUCUGAUCCGCAAGCUGCCUUUCCAGCGCUUGGUAAGGGAAAUUGCCCAGGACUUCAAGACUGACCUGCGAUUCCAAAGUGCAGCUAUUGGAGCCCUGCAGGAAGCCAGUGAGGCCUACCUGGUUGGUCUGUUUGAAGAUACCAACUUGUGUGCAAUCCAUGCCAAGAGGGUGACCAUAAUGCCCAAAGACAUCCAGCUUGCCCGCAGAAUACGGGGAGAAAGGGCCUAAGUGGUUUUUAUGGGAUCCUGUUUUGUAGUAAACUAUGUACCAUACUUUGGUUUUAUUUUGACUUAUUUUGUAUGAAGCUGUUUUAUCUUUAUAUAUUUACAAACCAUUCCAUCUGUCACUCAGGGUGAUUAGUCUUGUAUAGAUGCCCCCUGCUAUUAACUCUUGCUGGAGCUGAUAAAUGGGGGUGGGUGCUUCAUGCUUCCUGUGCAUGUUCUGGAUGACUCCCUCACCCUUCCAUGUUAUUAAUAGAACUGGUCUAGCCCAUCUGGUGCUUAUGUUUGUGCAAUGCACUGACAUCAUGGGGGUUACUGAACUCCCCUCACAGGGCAAAAGACUUAACUCGCCCACAGCCUGGUACUAGAAUCUUGUCUUAAUGUGUAUAUACAUAGGCCCUGCAGUAAACCUGCCACUGAGUGGAGCUUGUACUGUUAGUCUGACCAUCACUGUGAUACUGUAAGUACAAAUGAGUAAUACUGGCUGGAACCUGGGCAACUCCCUUGCAUAUCAAGUUGUAACUGCAGAUGGAUGUGUAUACUAGGCAGCUACUGAACACAAUGUGCAUUUAUAAGAGCUAUUUUAUAUAUUGUAGUGUCUUGUUUUAAGUAAAUGUUUUACAUUCA